GGUGAGGAGGAAGCAGGAUGAAGACAUGAAGACUCACAUGAGGAGGACGAGAAGUCAAACAGGGAGACGAUAAAAAGAGAGAGACAGAGGAGGAGAGGAAGACGUGAAGAUUUAACAGAAGAAGAAGAGAAAGCUGUUUUUCUUUCAUCGGGCGUUAAACUGACGGAGUCCAACUGAUCAUUUAAACUCUGCCUGCAGGACGGAGACAUGAGGAUGACUCCGGACACCGAGGAGUCCAUCAGGUGCACCGCGUCCACCUGCAGCUGUGUGUGCUUCAAACCUGGACGGGUCCAGCUCAGGUCAUGUGACCGCUGUGGACACAGCUGGGUGGCGCACGCCUUGGAGAAGCUCCAGUUUCGGGCCCAGCCUCCCUCCAGCUGUGGCCCAGUUGAGGUGGCUCUUCCUGGGCUGGUGUUCGACCUGAGCUCCCUGGUCUUGUAUGGAGCUCAGGCCAUUCCCGUUCGCUUGAAGAUCCUGCUGGACCGUCUCUACAGCAUCCUGACCCCGGAGCAGGUCGGGCACAUACUGCACACACUGGGAUGGAGCUUGGGGGAUUAUGUCAGAGGGUAUAAGCUGCAGCAUCCCAGUGGAAAGGUGUUGGACCGCUGGUUGAUGGUGUCUCCUGAAGAAGAGCUGCUCAUCCUCAAACAGUUCCUUCGCUUCGGUGAGACUCGCCCGAUCGUGGAGUUGAUGUCCCUUCAGUGCCUGGCAGCUGCCAAUCACUUCUCAAACCCGGCUCUGAGUCUCGGUUCGAAGAGCUUCAGCGCCUUCACUGAACGCCGAGCCCUGACUCCAGGAGAGUUUAAAAACACAAGAGGAGAUCCUGCUUCAGUUCCUGACGUGUGUCGCUUCAAGAAAAACAGCCCUCCAGACCACAACAUGGUCCAACACUUUGAGCACUUCCCAGGUGGACUGUCUUUGCUUCUACCUUUCCACUUUCCAAACUCUGCCUUCCACCUUCCCACUAAGGAGCUUCUUCCUCCAAGUAAGGUCCCAUGCCUUCGAAAGUCCAGCAAUUCCAAACUGGCUGAAAGACCCAAGCAGGAGGGACGGAGAGGACCGCAAGAGACCGAUCCGAAUCUGCAGCGAUCCAAAGACGAACCAGCGAUAAGAAUCAAAGCAGACCCCGACAAGCCGAACCCGUCCCUGUUCAUUGGGCAUCAGAAACCUUGGUUCCACAAUGACAGGGAUCUUGUCUCCAAACGGGAGAACACCUCCUCCCUCCCUCCUUCCUUAAACUCCUCACUCGUCUCCAUUUCUCCUCCUCCUCUCACUCCAUCCGUUCCCUCCUCUUCCCUCAAGAAUUCCCAGAAGUUGCAAAGCUUGUCUUCCCACUCCCUCAGUCCUCUUCCAUCCUUCUCCUCCUCCUUCUUCUCAGCUCUUCCUACCUCCUCAUUUCCGUCUUCCCUCCAUCCUCUCCCAUCCACUCCGCCCUCAUUGCACCCUCUUCCGACUUCCCUCUGUACCCUUCCUUCUCUUUCACCGGCAGGAGGUCGAAAAGGAAGGGUGUGCUGCGGCGUCUGUGGGAAAAGCUUCUAUGACAAAGGGACUCUGAAGAUCCACUACAACGCCGUCCACCUGAAGAUCAAACACCGCUGCACAGUGGCGGGCUGCACCAUGGUGUUCAGCUCCCUGCGGAGCCGGAACAGACACAGCGCCAACCCAAACCCUCGGCUCCACACGGGGGUCAGCAGAGACGUCCACACCGGCAGAAACGCCACCAUGGACCCACGCUCGGGCGCACACUCAGAAACUCUGAUUCACAAGAGUGUUCGCAAAACCGUGCACAACAACGCUCGGACACAAUCCUGCAGGGAGAACGAGAUCGGCAACACGCUUUGGCCACAGGAUGAAGAUGCACACACACUUGUGCACACACACACCAUGAACACAGGGUUAAACUGCCAAGCGGACCCACAACAAGCUGACUCCCCUCCUCCUUUUCCUCAGCCUCUGAAAGGAGACACCAACCAGGACUUCCCCCUGAGUGACUCCACCUACAGGUUUGACCUCCAAACUCAGGCUCCACCUCCUCAAAGUGCUUCCUCACCAGGCUCGCCGCCCUCCCUCGUCCCCAUGGUGCCCCAAGCCCCAGAGAAAACUGACUGCUGCCCAGGUCUUCAACCAGACCCCACGUCACCUGCUCCCCUCCCUGACCCCACCUCCAUCACCAUUACAAGCUGCAUGAGUCAACCUGUGCCACAUGACGAUGGUGUCCCAGAACAGAAACAAUUGGUCCCACUGACCAAUCAGCAGCGACCGUGGGAAACAGGCGACCCUCUGCCAAAGAAGAAGUCAAGGAAGUCGAGUAUGCCGGUGAAAAUAGCGAGAGAGAGGAUGGAGGAGGGGGGGAACAAGGACGAGGAGGAGUCCUGAAGAAAUGUAUAAUAUGUAUAAUUUGUAUAUUCUGUCUACGCUGAUACGCCAUCGCUCUCUCUGCCAGGAUGGUAGUGACAGCAUGCUGCUCUUGUGCAGGAGCUCCCUCUUGUGUUCAUUCUCUGUUGAUGAAAUAAACUCCAGCAAAACCUCAA